UGGUCGAUUUAUUAAUCAAUUAGGUUAGUGAAAAAUCUACCAUUGCUCUCAAGACUACAUAAUUUGUUAAAUUAAUUUCGUUUUAAUUUUUCAUAAAUUAUUAAAAAAUGGCAACAGAAGUUGAAAUUAAUGAAAAGCAACAAUCGGAAAGUAACCAAGUAGUAGACAUCCCUGCUACAGAUUAUUCUAUCAAACAUCCGCUUCAAAAUAGCUGGACACUGUGGUAUUAUGAAAACGAUCGGUCAAAUACUUGGGAAAAAAAUCAAAAAGAAAUUGCAUCCUUUGAUACUGUUGAAGAUUUUUGGAGUCUAUACAAUCAUAUUAAAUUAGCUAGUGAUUUAAAACAAGGAUGUGAUUACUCUUUAUUCAAAAAAGGAAUUAGACCUAUGUGGGAAGAUGAUGCUAAUAAACAUGGAGGGCGUUGGCUAAUAAGCUUAGAAAAAAAACAAAGAGGGAAUGAUUUAGAUCGAUUUUGGCUGGAUAUAAUAUUGUGUCUCAUCGGUGAAGCAUUUGAUAAUUCAGAUGAAGUAUGUGGUGCAGUCGUUAAUAUACGAGGAAAAGGAGAUAAAAUAGGUGUUUGGACAUCAGACUACAGUAACAAAAAUGCUGUUCUUGAGAUUGGACAAAAACUGAAAGAACGUCUUAGGAUUCCCCCAAAGAUGACUAUUGGAUAUCAGAUUCACAAAGACACAAUGGACAAAGCCAGUUCAUUGACAAAGAAUACCUACACUAUUUGAAAAAAACAUAUUGUCAGAUGAAAGUAACAACUUCAUGAAGUUAUGGUGGUUUUCAGUUGAAUUGCUUGAAUAGUGCACUUUUUUCUCUUUUAUUCAGUUAUGAAAGUUUAAUUUAUAUUUGAUAAGUGAUCCCAUUAAUAAAGCCGCCAUUGUUACA